AUGAUGCAAAGCUCAGCACUCACUACAGAAGGUUCUGUCAAGGGGCUUCCAGAGAUUCUUGGUGUGCCAAUGCAACAGAUUCCCCAGUGCGCUGGCUGCAACCAGCACAUCCUGGAUAAGUUCAUCCUGAAAGUCCUCGACAGGCACUGGCACAGCUCCUGCCUCAAGUGCGCGGACUGCCAGAUGCAGCUAGUGGACAGGUGCUUCUCCAGAGCCGGGAGUGUCUACUGUAAGGAAGACUUCUUCAAGCGUUUUGGUACGAAAUGCACGGCCUGUCAGCAAGGAAUCCCCCCUACCCAGGUGGUCCGGAAAGCCCAGGACUUUGUCUAUCACCUGCACUGCUUUGCCUGUAUCAUCUGCAACCGCCAGCUGGCCACAGGCGAUGAAUUCUACCUCAUGGAAGAUGGGCGCCUGGUGUGCAAGGAGGACUACGAGACAGCCAAGCAGAACGAUGAUUCAGAAGCUGGAGCCAAGAGGCCACGAACCACCAUCACAGCCAAACAGUUGGAAACGUUAAAAAAUGCCUAUAAAAACUCCCCCAAACCCGCCAGGCACGUGCGGGAGCAGCUGUCCUCGGAGACAGGGCUGGACAUGAGGGUGGUGCAGGUCUGGUUUCAAAACAGGCGGGCCAAAGAAAAACGGCUGAAGAAGGAUGCUGGGCGGCACCGCUGGGGCCAGUUCUACAAGAGCGUGAAGAGGACCCGCGGGGGCAGCAAACACGAGAAGGAGAGCUCUGCGGAGGACUGUGGGGUUAGUGACAGUGAGCUGAGCUUCCGAGAAGAUCAGAUCCUCUCUGAGCUUGGCCACACCAAUAGAAUUUACAGCAAUGUUGGGGAUGUUGCUAGUGGACAGUUAAUGAACGGAAGCUUCUCCAUGGAUGGGACAGGACAAUCUUACCAGGACUUGAGGGAUGGAAGCCCCUAUGGAAUUCCUCAGUCUCCAUCUUCCAUAUCGUCCCUUCCUGCCCAUACUCCAUUGCUCAAUGGUCUGGAUUACACAAUGGACACUAAUUUGGGAAUUAUAGCACAUGGAGGGCAGGGGGUGAGCCAGACACUCAGAGCAAUGGCUGGGGGACCAACCUCUGAUAUUUCUACAGGAAGCAGUGUAGGCUAUCCAGACUUUCCAACAAGUCCUGCUUCUUGGCUUGAUGAAAUGGAUCAUCCUCCUUUUUAA